AUGGCUUCUUCUCAGGGUCAAUUAACUUUCAUGGAUGUGGCUAUCAAGUUCUCUAAGGAGGAGUGGGAAUGUCUGGAUUCUUCUCAGAAGGCUUUGUACAGAGAUGUCAUGUUGGAGAAUUACAACAACCUUGUUUCUGUGGGUGUUGCUGUUUCAAAAUCUGAGAUGAUUACCUGCCUUGAAGCAAACAAAGAACCCUGGAUUGUUGAUAGAAAUGAGACAGAAGGAAGAGCACCAGGUCUAUCUUGUGAUCAUACCAAGAACCUCUUCACAAAGGCAUUUACACAGGAUUAUUUUUCGAAGGAAAUAACACAAAAAUUUGCAUGUAUUGAACUUUCACCUCUACAUAGAAACAAAUUCUGGGAAUAUAGAGAUGCCAGUGAAGAGUGUGAUAUAUGUGAUUAUGGAAAUCAUCUGUUUGCAAGAAAAAAUUGUUUCAUUCUUGAAACAGAUCAGGAAGUUCCAGAUACUUCUCCUGAGAGAACUGAGUCCUCAAAUCUUAAGGCUCACUACAGAAUUUCUACUCAAGAGACACCUUACAAAUGUAAUGUAUGUGGGAAAUUGUUUCUACAGUUUUCAAGACUUAAAGUUCACCAUAGAAUUCAUACCAAGGACAAACCUUACAAAUGUAAUGAAUGUGGGAAAUCUUUUAACCAGUCCUCAAAACUUAAAGUACACCACAGAAUCCAUACCGGAGACAAUCCUUACAAAUGUAAUGAAUGUGGGAAAUCUUUUAACCAGUCCUCAAAACUUAAAGUUCACCACAGAAUCCAUAUUGGAGACAAACCUUACAAAUGUAGUGAAUGUGGCAAAUGCUUUAUACACUCUUCAAGUCUUAAAAUUCAUCAUAGAAUCCAUACUGGAAACAAACCUUACAAAUGUAAUGAAUGUGGAAAAUCUUUUACACAAUCAUCAACUUUUCAUGUUCACCACAGAAUUCAUACAGGAGACAAACCUUACAAAUGUUAUGAAUGUGGGAAAUCUUUUAACAAGUCCUCAAACCUUAAAGUUCACCACAGAAUCCAUAUUGGAGACAAACCUUAUGAAUGUAGUAAAUGUGGCAAAUGUUUUACACAGUCUUCAAAUCUUAAAGCUCACUAUAGAAUCCAUACUGGAGACACACCUUACAAAUGUAAUGAAUGUGGCAAAUGUUUUACUCACUCUUCAUGUCUUAAAGUUCAUCAUAGAUUCCAUACUGGAAACAAACCUUACAAAUGCAAUGAAUGUGGCAAAUGUUUUACUCACUCUUCAAAUCUUAAGGCUCAUCAUAGAAUCCAUACAGGAGACAGACCUUACAAAUGUUAUGAAUGUGGGAAAUCUUUUAAGGAGUCCUCAAAACUUAAAGUUCACCACAGAAUCCAUACUGGAGACAAACCUUACAAAUGUUAUGAAUGUGGAAAAUGUUUUACUCACUCUUCAAAUCUUAAGGCUCAUCAUAGAAUCCAUACAGGAGACAGACCUUACAAAUGUUAUGAAUGUGGGAAAUCUUUUAAGGAGUCCUCAAAACUUAAAGUUCACCACAGAACCCAUACUGGAGACAAACCUUACAAAUGUUAUGAAUGUGGGAAAUCUUUUAAGGAGUCCUCAAAACUUAAAGUUCACCACAGAAUCCAUACUGGAGACAAACCUUACAAAUGUAAUGAAUGUGGGAAAUCUUUUAAGGAGUCCUCAAAACUUAAAGUUCACCACAGAAUCCAUACUGGAGACAAACCUUACAAAUGUAAUGAAUGUGGAAAAUGUUUUACACAGUCUUCAGAUCUUAAAGUUCACCAUAGAAUCCAUACUGGAAACAAUCCUUAA